AUGUGUCAGGUGGAUGAGGAGUACCUGCAGCACCUGGAGCGCGCGGACAGGCCCAGGCAGCAUUUGCUGGUGCACACAGCUCGGACCAACGGCUACAGUAAACUCAUGCUGGGGGACAGCUGCACCAGGCUGGCUGUCAAACUGCUCACCAGCAUAUCACUGGGCCGAGGAGCACAGCUGGCUCAGGACACGGGUUUCUCAGACUCCAGAUAUGGUGACAUUGUGUCUGUGAGGCCUAUGAGGGACUACUCAGUCAAAGAAAUUGCCUUCUACAAUCACAUGUUCAGUGUCCCAUCUGUUGUCGUGCCAAGCCUGGAGACAAAGACACCAGAGAAGGCCAGCAUCCAGCGUCUGACCGAGAGCUUCGUCACUAAACUGCAGGCAGACUUUCCAUCCACUGUGAGCACAAUCUACAGAACCAGCGAGAAGCUGCAGACUGCAGGCAGGAGUCCCUCUGCUGCUGCUGACUGUGGCAGAUGUCUGCUCUGCAUGUGCAGCCUGGACACUGCUGUUGAAAAAGCUUCAGCCCUCCAGGCCACACUGAUCUCAGAGCAGCUCUCUCAUACUAAAAUACAAAACACAGGUCCAGUAAAGCCUGAAGCAACUCUUUCUGCUGAGCAGUGCUGUUCCUCAUCAGGAGGGGAGGACUGUGGGGGCUCAGGAAGUGGCUGCUGUUCUGUUCAUAAAGAAAUGGAGGCGUUUGAUGUGAAGAGCCUGAUGUGUUACAGCUGUCAGCUGACCAUCAGAGACAUGUCAUCAGUUCACCAUCUUCCUCAAUACAUCCUGUCUGAGGCUCAGAAGAGGCGAAGGAGGUCUCUGAUGAGGGAGGAGAUCAAGGAGUUCCUUCUGGAUGAUGAAGACAAUUAGACGGAGCAAAACUUCACCUUUUGGAGCAUCAAUAACUUGGGAGUCGAAUAGAUUAUCCAAAGUAAUUUAAUCUGUUUUGGUGAGGCAGUUACUACUAGAAAUAAUCUGUCACUGUAAUUUUA